GAGGAGAUGCGGAGCGCCAGCGGCGGUCCGCUGUCUGUGACGCUCUUCCUUCCUUUCCCACCCAGAGAAAACGGAGCCUCGGGGAGAUUACUUUGUUUGGGACAUUUCGCCGAGGUAUGCGUAAAAAGGCGCACCGUUCGCCGUGACGCAUGGCCACUGCUUUUGACGUACGCUGCUGACAACUCUUCCAGUAGUCGAUUACCAGUCACACUGGGGGAACUAUUUACGAACAGUCACCUUUUGUCAAUGAGGAUUCCACACAGUAUGAAGCUCGUGUGCCUGUGGGUGUUGUGCAUCGUGCAUCUGGCAGAUGCUGUAAUUGACUUAACAAUGAUAUCCACAGCAGAGGUCAUCCAAGUGAAUCACUUCUCCAUCUCAUGUAUUAACGGAGAGCGCACCCCUGCCCAUGUGGAACUGGACAUUAAAAGAGACAACAAAAUCCUCAUAUUCCCAAAGAUGCCAAACUUCAAACUACAUAAACCAAGGAACAAGAAAGUUGUGGCCAGAGAGUUCAGAGAUUUGGAUAACAUUGGUAUUUUUUACUGUGACUCAACCCAGGAAGUUCCUCCGCUUGAGACAGUCACAAUGAUAAACAACUUCGGCAGAGCAAAUUUUAUUCCAACUCACCUGACAAUAACUGUUAAUAAAGGGGAAACAGUUCACCUCAGCAUGAUGCUCCUGAGUUCCCAAAAGAGGGAUGUGACCUGGAAGUACAACGGAAAUUACUAUUACAUGACUCACUGGAAUGACAUGGUCAACCGCACUGCUGUGCUGACAGUGGAGAACGCAGCUUUUGCUAAUCAAGGCAUCUAUAGUGCCAGCUAUGUGGGGGACAGUCCUCUUCAGGGGGCCUGGAUGAGACUCAUUGUCAGAGAUUGUCCAAAUAAGAAAUGGGGUCCUGACUGUGACAAAGACUGUCCAGAAUGCCUCAAUGGUGGCGUAUGCCAAGAUGUGGAUGGAGACUGUAUGUGCCCUCCCGGAUUCAUGGGAACACGCUGUGAGACAGCCUGCAGAGAAGGAAUGUUUGGCCGAAACUGCCAAGAGUCGUGCAGCUCAGAGCUGAACUGCAAGGGGCUUCGAUUCUGCCUACCAGACCCUUACGGCUGUUCUUGUGGUAGCGGCUGGUAUGGGAACCGAUGUGAGAAGGCCUGCCAUAAUGACAUGUAUGGACCAGACUGCAGGCUGAGCUGUAGAUGUCAGAAUGGAGGAGUAUGCAAUCGCUUUAGUGGAUGUCAGUGUCCCACUGGAUGGAGGGGACAAAACUGUGAAAAGUCUGACCGGGCCCCAGAGAUUCUGGACUUGGAUAGUAAUUUGGAGUGGAAUCUCAAUUCCAGCCCAAAGAUCUAUUGCUCUGCCACAGGCAAUCCUCUGCCCAGUCAUAACAGCAUUGAGCUCCGAAAGUUGGACAGCACUGUGCUGAAGGCAUCACACACUGUCAUGGAUUCUAAUAAAAGUAUAGCCAUGUUUGAAAUUCCACGUCUGAGUGCUGAACAAGGAGGAUUGUGGGAGUGCAGGGUGUCGACCAACGGAGGCCAGGAUUCCCGUAAAUUCAAUCUUACCAUUAAAGAGCCACCAGUUCCCACCACUGCUCCCAUACUGUUGGAAAAGAGGAGUAAGCAGCUACUUGUGAUGCCUAUGGACUGCCACAGAGGAGAUGGGCCCAUUGUCUCCACCACGCUCCUCUACAAGCCUGUCGACAAUGAAGAUUCUUGGUCCUCCAUAAUUGUGUACAGUGACAAGGAGCCCAUAACACUGAUGAACCUGGAGCCUUCAACACGCUACCGUGUGCGGGUCCAGCUGACUCGCCCUGGCGCAGGAGGUGAAGGAGCCCCGGGGCCAGAGGCCAUCAUGGAGACUGAUUGUCCUGAGCCCACAGUCCAACCUGAGAUUGACAUCAGCUCGGUGGAAGGUCGCAAUGUCACUGUGCGAUGGCGACUGCCCAGCAACAGUGGUAUUAAUGUCGAGACAGCCAGUGGCUUUUUAGUGCAGCUCUUCGGGCCACCGCCCCACAGUGAAAAACUCCUGGAGGGCACCACCUUGUUAAAUGUUCUGUCCAAAAAGUUCUACAACAUGGAGUAUCAACAAGACUACAGGGUGGUGGUGCGCCUCAUCAACUGUGGCAGCCAGGGGCCUCCUUCCAAGCCCUACCACAUCCGCAUCAACAGCCAGGGCCCAUCACCUCCUCGUAAUGUCCAGACUGUGUCCGUGUCCCUGUCAGCCAUCCAGCUGAAGUGGCAGCCCCCCGAGGAUGUUAAUGGAGGCGUCAUGAAAUAUGUCAUUGAGUACCAGCCAGUCGGCCAAGGGAGCCCACACUUUUGGGUGGACACAGAUGACGGGAACAAGACCACGAAAGAUGUUACGGCACUCAACGGCAGCACCCUCUACCAGUUCAGAGUGAGGGCUUUUUCCAAGGUGCCAGGGGAGUGGAGCAAGUUUGUUCAAGCCAUUACACAAGGGGAUGGCCUGGAAAGUUUAACUCCGACCACCCAAGGUGUGGCUCGAAAACCAGCAGGGGACAACUACCAGCUGUUGGUGGCAGUAGUGGGCUCAGUGACGGUCACGUGUGUGACCAUCCUGCUGGCACUGCUUGCACUUUUCUUCAUCCGCAAAACUCUACUUAACCGCCGUCGCACAUUCACCUACCAAUCUGGAUCGGGUGAGGAGACAAUUCUGCAGUUUAACUCUGGAACUCUGACCCUGACCCGAAGACCUAAGCCCACCCCAGAACCUCUUACUUAUCCAAUCCUAGAAUGGGACGACAUUAAGUUUGAAGAUGUCAUCGGUGAGGGCAACUUUGGACAGGUGAUCAAAGCCAUGAUCAAGAAGGACGGCAACAAGAUGAGUGCAGCCAUAAAAAUGCUGAAAGAGUUUGCCUCAGAAAAUGACCACCGGGACUUUGCAGGGGAACUGGAAGUGCUGUGUAAACUAGGCCAGCAUCCCAACAUCAUCAACUUGAUUGGAGCUUGUGAGAACAGAGGUUACCUGUAUAUCGCCAUAGAAUAUGCUCCCUAUGGGAACCUUCUGGACUUCUUGCGAAAGAGUCGUGUCUUGGAGACUGACCCUGCCUUUGCCAAGGAGCAUGGCACAGCCUCUACGCUCACCUCCCAACAAUUACUGCAGUUUGCUGUUGAUGUAGCAACUGGGAUGCACUAUCUCAGUGACAAACAGUUCAUUCACAGAGAUUUGGCCGCCAGAAAUGUCCUUGUUGGCGACAACCUCAUGGCAAAGAUAGCCGACUUUGGUCUGUCCCGUGGUGAGGAGGUUUAUGUUAAGAAGACAAUGGGUAGGUUGCCCGUUCGUUGGAUGGCCAUUGAGUCUCUGAACUACAGUGUGUAUACAACCAAAAGUGAUGUGUGGUCUUUUGGAAUUCUCCUUUGGGAGAUUGUAAGCCUAGGUGGCACGCCAUACUGUGGAAUGACGUGUGCUGAGCUUUAUGAAAAACUGCCACAAGGCUACAGGAUGGAGAAGCCCAAGAACUGUGAUGAUGAAGUGUAUGAGCUGAUGAAACAGUGCUGGAGGGAUCGGCCGUAUGAAAGACCCCCUUUUUCCCAAGUCUCGGUGCAGCUCAACAGGAUGCAAGAGGCCAGGAAGGCCUAUGUGAACAUGGCGCUUUUCGAGAACUUUACUUACGCUGGAAUAGACGCUACUGCGGAGGAGGCCUGACUACCAGCCCCCCCAGGCCCUGGCAUGCCACGUAACCUCAAGAGGAAGCCCAAACGAUUGUCACCACGUUACUGCCACCUCCUCGCUGCUAACCACAGAGAAAGGAGGACCAGACGUGCUUUCAAAACCACCCAGCUAUAGAUGGAGGACUGUGAAAGGACACUGAGUGAACGUAUCCGAGGCAUUGGCAGAUGUGGAGCGUGGCCUCGGAUGGAGGCAAUCACUACCAACCCGUCAUAUUGAGGAGAGUCAAAUCAUCGGGCUUCUUGUUGUUGAAGAUGUUACACUUAUGACUGAGUGUCAAAGGUCAUGGAGUUGUGUGGCUUACUAAAACACUGCAGGGUCUGUGGGGUGCUUAUGCUGGACCUUAUUUGCUCUCUGUUCUCCCAGAGGAACGGACAUGGAGUGAAUCACAAUCAUUUCACUUCUCGGACUGUUAGAAACAUACAAUGUAGCACUUAACACCAGCCUUUUUUAAAUACACUCUGUGUAUUAUCACUGCCAUGUGAACUACUGUACAGUAUACUGUACUGUGUGUGUGUGUGUGUAUAUAUAUAUAUAUAUAUAUAUAUAUAUAUAUAUAUAUAUAUAUAUAUAUAUAUAUAUAUAUAAUUGUGUUUUGUUAUCAAAACCUCCUAUAGCCUGAAUGUAUUAGUCAGCACAAAUGCACUAAUGGUUAUAUGAAUGUUUAAGGACACAAAACCAUGGGUAUUUUUUUACACAUUUGUUUUUGUGUGUGGUUUUGGUCUUUUGUUCACCUGCAAAUUAUUUUAUGUCACUGUUUGGAACACUAAACUCACUUUUUAGUGUUUUCGUUAAACGGAAAAACCUGCGUUUCAUGUUUUAUUUUUCUAAUUUCUAUUUUUUUCUCCCUUGUCUAAUACAACCAGAAGCAGUGGAAGUGGGGUGGGUGGUGGGGUAACUUCCAAAUUCCAACAAAGAAGGCAACCAUGCUGAAAAUUUAAAAACACAUCAUUGUUUUCAAAGAUAGCAAUGCUUUAAUCAAUUUACAAAAUGUAGCAGAUACAACUAAAUAUAGCACCAACAAAAUUAUAUAUGAGUUUGAUUAUAUUGUAUAAAACUAUUUAAAGAACAAUUCCAUAUCAUUAAGUAACUAGGUAUACAAACAUUGACAUGAAAACCUCAUGAGCGCACAAAUAAUUUCUCGUGGUUAAAGUUCCACAAUCCAAAAAAUUACUUACAUUUCCUGAAAUAAUGCAUAAUUAUGCUAGUGAUAAGCAACAUAAUCCCACCCAGUGCAAUAAAUUAGGGGUGUGAAAACAUAGAAGAUAAAAGUAGCAAAGGGGCACAGUUCAAAAAGUGUGGGGCUGCAUGCCCCCAAUGCCCCCCUGGUUCUGCUGCCUUUGAAUACAACGUAGCU